AUGAGUGCAGCAAAUGUAGCAACUGUUCCGGGUACUGGUUCUGUGCCGAGCAAUAAGGAAGGUGCGCCAGCGGCGAUUCCAGCACCGAUACGUAAAGGCAUCGUUAAACAACAAUCGGGAGACAAAGACUCACGUGUUUGCAAAACAUUGGCCCGGUUAAUGCCAAAUAUAGGAGGCCCCAAGGACACAGCUAGAGUUCUUUUAGCAUCCGUUUCCAAGUCGGUGAUGCUAUAUGCUGCUCCUGUGUGGACGCAUGCUACAACCAUAAAGUCGUAUUCACGCGUAAUGAAAAGCGCACAUAGAUUGGCAAACCUACGCAUCUGCCGUGCUUACCGUACAGUAUCGGAUGAUGCUGCGGGAGUAUUGGCAGGACGUAUGUCAAUAGACCUUGAAGCGCUCUUGGCCAAAGACAGCUUCUUCCUGCGUUCUCGUCUACGAAUGAAUGAAACUCAGCAAUCUCUGUCACAUACUUAUCUAGAAAUAAAAGACAAAUAUCUUAAUGAAUGGUAA